AUUUAAAUGUACAUAUUUUUUGGAAUUUUCCCAGAAUUUGGCCAAGCCAUCUGCUUUAUAAAAGACGAGCACCUGGUUUAGGGUUAGCAGGAUUAGCUGAAUAUAGCGAGGAUCAAUAAAGUUCGCGAAAUAUUACUUUCGCUGAACUAGGAUCCUACCUGACUGGUGCCAAAGGUGGUUACUUAUUAGGGCCAUUCGGAUUACCGACCAAUUGGUAGGUAGAGCGCGAGGCUGGCGGCCCAUAAACAGUUCCUUCUCGACAGUCUAAUCAUGAAGUACCGCAUGUUGAACAAACGCAAACAGGCGACUCCCUCGCCAGUGAGAGAUUCCGACGCAGCCGACGUGUCCGUGUCCAACCACAGCGCUCUGGAACUGGAGGCGGCUGCUGCUCUCUUGUUGCUCCGCUACCAAUACGAUCGACAAGUGUGCAACAACAUUAUAUCCUACACAGAGUCCUGUUCCCCGACUCCACCGCCGGCAGUUGCUGACAACACGACGCCAAAGGAUCAGACUGUUCGUCCGCCAGUCGCCAGCCAGCCGCUGAAGAAGCGAUCCAUACCAUCGCACAUCCUCCGCAGAUCCCUGACUCCGGCGAAAUCCGACACUUCAGUGAGCAACAAGUCGAUAGUCAAGGCCAAGACGAGGACUCCACUUCCCAGUAAGGAGCGCAACUGCAACAGGGCCUUGCUUAAGUCCUGCAGAAAUAUGAUUCGCGAGUUUCUCGACAAUCAGGAGUUUAUCUAAAAAAAAAGUUUAACUAUGUAUCCUGAAACCAAUUCUACAUUUCUAAUUUUACACAAAUCAAGAUUUUAGAAAUCUUCGCCCAAAACGCCACAGUGAAUUGCACGAUUGCAGAAGAUAUAGAAACGAAAUCCUUAAAUAAUUGUAACCCAGUAUAUUACAGUCGCAAGAAAGAUGAAGGCGAUCGAUCCUUGGGAUCUUGGAUUUCAGUUUUCAAUUUAUUUAUUGCAUAUAAAUUUGUUUCCUUUUUUAUACAUAUAUAAAUUAUGUAUUGAUCGAAAGAUAACGUUUUCAAUGGAAGAACAGGUAUUGUGGCGACACUAGAGUGCUAAUUAUUAGCUAUUGGCGGUGUUUAAACUUAAGGCGUACGAAAAACAAAUAGAAAAUUAUCUUUAGCGUAGAUCUACACAAUAAUUAAUAAUUACAGUUGCACUACAGGCUAAAUGUAUGAACGUGCAUCGAUGAUAUCUUCUAACUCUGUUCAUUCCGUUUAAUGUAAUUAAUAAAGUGCUUCAAAUGUA